AUGAGCAUCACAGACGUGCUGAGCGCUGACGACAUCGCGGCCGCCCUGCAGGAAUGCCAAGACCCAGACACUUUUGAACCCCAAAGAUUUUUUCAGACGUCAGGCCUCGCCAAGAUGUCAGCCAGUCAGGUAAAGGAUAUCUUCCGGUUCAUAGACAACGACCAGAGCGGAUACGUGGAAGAAGAUGAGCUUAAGUUUUUCCUCCAGAAGUUCAACAGUGAUGCUAGAGAGCUGACCGAAUCAGAAACCAAGUCCUUGAUGGCUGCGGCAGACAAUGAUGGAGACGGGAAAAUCGGGGCGGACGAAUUCCAGGAAAUGGUGCACUCUUAA